AUGAGGUCGGGAAUGAUGCAGCGCGACUCGGUUGAGAUGAAAAGUGCCAAUUCUCAUUCUGGCACGGCAUGCCGAUCCCUUCGCAAGGUUUGCAAGUUUGAGGAGAGGCCGAAAGAGAGUCACGAGCUCAAAAUUGACGAGCUUCAAAAGCAAGUCCAGGAAUUGCAAGAGAAGCUACAAGAGAGGGGAGAGCCAGCUUUAGCGGCCACUACCCAAUCCGCCCCUGACAUAUCAGGGUCGUUUGUGCCUCUGAAUCGUGGUGACUUUGGCUCGUACGAGUUCACAGAACCCAUUGCAGCAUCACCAGAAUCCUCUCGAGCAGCCGUCUCCCAAAGAUCUGGAAACAGAUCGAGCAUAUACUCCCAAGAACAACAAUCUGGACCCCGAACAGAGCGUGCAACAGUACCAUUUCGAAUUAAUCUGAUAGAAACGCCAGACGUGGUGGUUGCCGGCCUUAUCACUCUUGAUCAGGCAUACUCUUACUUCUUGACUUUUUUUCAAGGAUGUGACAGAUAUGUCCCAGUAUUCGAUCCUGAAUAUGACUCUGUCGAGAGUGUUCGGUCUAGGAGCAGUAUUUUGUUCAGCGCGAUAUGCACGGUUGGCUGUCGUGCGCUCAGUGGAACUGAUUCUCAACAAUGGCGGCUGCUGAAUUUUCAUUUGCGAAGAACGAUCAACGCAGCCAUUUCCGUCCCCGCCAUGCUUUCUCUUGAGACCAUCCAGGCUCUGAUGGUACGGGCCUGCUACACCUCUGAAAGGUCUCUGUUGGUUGCUGCAGCGACUCGAAUGGCUGUAGACUUGGGGCUGCCAGAUGCGUAUGAUGCGCUCAUGUCUAGGGUCUUGUCGACGUCCUGGGGUCCCGCCAGCAACACCAGCAUCCAGGAUGAUGAGAUGCUCAUGCGCAAGACAAGAACCUGGCUACACAUUCUGAACAUGAGUCACAUUCUUCACGUCGAUGCCGGAGACUUUUUGGCGUUGGGGUUCAAUGGUGAUGCUAGACGAUGCAGGGUACUGCUCAAGAAGCCACUGGUACGAAAACAGGACAUGUGCCUCUGGCCGCAGGUCGAACUCAAUGCUCUCCGAGCUCAAAUGUACUCUCGACUGUGCAAUCGAAUUCAUACCGAUACAGAAAUAAUGGAUAUCGUAUCCGAUGCAAUGAUCGACAUCAACGUCUGGUAUGAUGACUGGAAGAGAAUAUUUGACCCUAGUGACCCUCACUCACCUUGGUUGCUUCUCAACAUGCAAGUUCAGCGCUGCUGGGGGGUUACGAUGGCGCUCUGUAGGGCAAUUCGCACAACUGGGGUCGAAAAUGUUGACAUCAUGUCGGUAACUCAGAAACAGAUGUUGGCCAUGGCACAAGACGCACUGUGGCAGCAUCUAGGCAUUAUCACACAGCAGCCUCGACUAUAUCUUCAAAAUUUACGCUUUGCAAUGGAUUUUGUUUGGGCCAAGUGCGUAUUCUGUUACCUAUUGCUACUGAAGCUAUCCAUACUUCUUCCCAACGAGGCCAGCCGGCAUGGAAACGGACUCAUCGAUCGCGGGAACAUUCUCCUCCGCGAAUUGAGCGAAGCUGGUGGCGGGUUGUUGAACGGUCAUCGCAGCAAUACUGGAAAAGUAUAUCUGCAAUUACUGGAGACUGGCAUCAACAAGUUCAGCAACGCAAUCAACAGUGACAAAGGAAACCAAUUAGACGCUACCAGCAUACCGCCGCAAAGCGCUGCAACACUGUUGCCAAAUGAGGACGAACAAGAUUCCUUUGUUCCUGAACAAUUCGUGUUUGACUGGGACUUCCCCGGACUGACUCUAUUCUCGUCAUCUGUGACUGACGCUGGUUGGUUGGAUGACAUUCUUUUGGAGGCACUGAAUGGAACCGAUGAAUUCAUGGGCUUUGGCUGGUCAUCUACAGACACCACGAACUGA